AUGAAAAUUCAGUGUGAUGUCUGUGAGAAAGCUCCUGCUACUGUGAUUUGUUGUGCUGAUGAAGCUGCUUUGUGUGCUAAAUGUGAUGUUGAAGUUCAUGCUGCUAACAAACUUGCUAGCAAGCAUCAAAGGCUUCUCCUUCAAUCUCUUUCUAAUAAGCUUCCCAAAUGUGAUAUCUGCCAAGAUAAGCCAGCUUUCAUAUUUUGUGUUGAAGAUAGAGCACUGUUCUGUAAGGACUGUGAUGAACCAAUUCAUGUAGCUGGUAGUCUUUCUGCGAACCACCAGCGCUUUCUCGCGACAGUUCCUGCACAGCUAGUGCCUAGUUUUGAUUCCUCUUGGGCUGUUGAUGACUUACUGGAAUUUACAGACUUUGACUCUUCAGACAAAAAGCAAUCUAUGGAAUUUGGAGAGCUUGAGUGGUUAUCAGACGCAGGUCUUUUCAACGAACAGUUUCCUCAUGAAGGUUUAGCAGCGGCUGAAGUUCCUCAACUUCCAUUAACACAUGCUAGCAAUGUUGCCUCAUAUAAAGCUCCUAAAUCUUAUAUGUCUUACAAAAAACCUAGGAUUGAAGUCCACCGUGAAGACGAUGAUGAUGAGCAUUUCACUGUGCCUGAUCUUGGAUAA